UUUUCAGGUAUGCUAACCAGAAGCCAGUUAGGGCACAAUUUCUAAUGAUGCCCAUUGGAACUCCUAGAGUACGCUAUAAAACACCUGGUGAAGAUUCUUGGCAAUGGAUUGAUUUAUGGAAUGCCCUUUAUCGAGAACGUGUUGUCUUCAUUGCACAAGAGAUAAAUGAAGAAUUUAGUAAUCAAAUAUUGGCAACUUUGCUGUAUCUUGACAGUAUAGAUAACACCAGGUUUCUCUAUUUGUACAUUAAUGGUCCUGGUGGGGAGCUUACACCAUGCUUGGCUCUCUAUGAUACCAUGCAGAGCUUGGAGACUCCUAUAGCCACUCAUUGUGUGGGCCAAGCUUAUAAUAUGGCAUCAUUUCUUCUUGCAGCUGGACAAAAGGUGUUGUAUUAUCCUACUGUCUUUUAGAAGUUUAGCUUGUCA